UUCACAAAUUAUGGCGCCCAACGUUAAUUCAACUUCUAUCCCCUAUUCUAAUGUUGAGCAACCGGAAAUGUCUCAAAUCCAGGAGCAGAAUUCAAAUGAAUAUUUCCUGGACUCUGAAGAAAAUGAAGAUUUUUCUUUAUCAGCCUCGGAGUGGUCGGGAGGUGAAAGUGAUGAUUAUGCCUCCAGUGAUGACAGCAACACUUCAGAUGAUGAUGAUAUACCCUUGGCGGAAUAUAAACAAAAAAUAAGAUCAAGUAACCAAAGGAAAUCGUUGCAGGAAAGUACCAAAAAUAUGAUCGGAAGCAGGGCCAAUGAGAAUCCUGGAACAAAUGGGGCUUCGGAGGAGAGAAAUCAUUUUGAAAACCAAAUUCCCACAGAAAAUCCCAAACGCCACAAAACUGCCUAUGAUUUUGAUGUAUCCGAUGAGGAUAUUAAGAACGAAGUUGAUGGAAGUUUUUGCCAGGCCUCAGGGGAGAAUUUUUUCCCCCGAAGUAGUUUUUCUGCAAAGCCCCCGCCUUCUCCUAAGCCUGUGUGGAAAAUUAAAAGAGAACAUGAAACUGCGGGGGAAAUCUAUUAUUCCCAAAACCAAGGAAAUAUGCCAACCGAACAGGUCCCCCCAAAUAUUAGAGGCCACAAGAGAGCCUUUGAUUUUGAUCUAUCCGAUGAGGAAACACAAGACCCAACCUCCAAUGGCCACAAUUUCAAUGAAUCGCAAGAUGAAUGGGAUGAAUUCUCCCAGCCUACGGCUUUAGGCCCACCGGCGGCCUAUAAAUAUGAUUCCCCCGAUGAUGAUGAGCUCGCAAACAGCGGACAUUUUUCAACGAACACCCCAAGAAGUACAAAAACAUUUUCCUAUAGAAAUCAUUUGAAACGACCCCAGACCCUGGAGGAGUAUGACGACUUGAUAGCCAAAUGGAGACCCAGCCUAGAGUGCAGAAUUUGCAAGGCCAACUGUAAUAGAUUUCGACAGCUGCAACUGCACUUCAGCGAACAUCACCCCGACGAGGAAUGUUAUGUGCAGUGCUGCCGACUUCAGCUACGCUAUCGCUACGAAUUCGAAAAGCACAUCUACUAUCAUCGGGUAGAGGGCGCCUAUAAAUGUGACAUUUGCUAUGCGAUCUUCACACAGCUCAGUGGUCUUGAUAGGCAUCAUUCACGUUACCAUAGACCGGGGCCAAUCGAUGCCGAAGUCGAGACACUCAAAUGCCACAAAUGUGGCAAAGAAUUCCGAGAAAAAUUCAAAUGUCGCGUCCAUCAAAACUAUUGCGAGGGCGGCCAAGCCGAAGGCCCUCGUCCCAUCACCUGUCCAGACUGUGGCAAAUCAUUUAAAUGCAAGAAAAUUUUGAGAACUCACCGGAUACAGUAUCACAGGGAAAAUGCGGUGAGCCAGUGCCACAUUUGCGACAAAAUCUUAUCAUGUCCAGCAAACCUAAGGUAUCACCUAUUAUGUCAUGGAUCGGAGCGUAAAUAUGCCUGUACGGUGUGUCAUAAGACGUUUAAAGAUGCCAACCGAAGGCGGGAACAUAUCAGAGCGCUACACGUCGAGGAGUACAAGGAACAUUUGAAAAAGAAAUUCGAGCUACGCAAAAACAAGAAAUGUGACCAGUGCGACAAAGUGUAUCGAACCUCGACGGCCCUCAAAGAACACAAAGCCCAACAUGAGGGCAUUACGGCGCUGUACAAAUGUAAAUAUUGUACCAAGUCGUAUAAGUACAGCUCAAACAUGGCGGCCCAUGUGCAAAGGGUGCAUCCCACCAAAUAUCGGGGGAAGGUGAAAAAACCAAAGAGAAAGAGAAAUAAAAAGAAAUGAAAUACGUUA